UUUUUUCCCCCAAGUGAUGUCUUCUGAUCCUAUGAUUAGAUUUGUCGGGCGAAAAAAUCCCCCUUGUGAUGCAAUUAAACUUUGAAUUCACAAUGUACACUGAUUUUAUUUACUCAUAAAAGCAUUAUAUAUUCUUUUGUGGUUGGUUUUAAAAGCUUACUUCUCCCAAAUCUAAUUGAAAGUUUAGUUUGCCUCUGAUAUUACACUUAGACACACCUACAAAUUACAAGGCAAUUCAUUUGGCAUGACUAAGAGUUGUAACCAAUCAGAGCGUUUGUGUGUGUUCGUGGUUUACUUAAAUCGAGAGAGCUGUUCUCUCAUUCACACACUGCUCAAAUCCAGGAACACUUCUUCGAGACAAACACACAACACCAACAUGCAUAGUAAAGAUCAAAUCUGCCAUGAGGACUACCAGAGAACGGCAGACUGGCUGCUGUCCCAGACACAACACAGACCUAAAGUAGCCAUCAUCUGCGGAUCUGGACUGGGCAUGCUGGCAGACGCACUCAAGUGCCAAGACUCUUUCAAAUACUCUGACAUCCCUGGCUUUCCUCAGAGCACAGUGAAGGGUCAUGCUGGAAGGCUGGUUUUUGGGGAGCUCAAAGGGAAGACCUGUGUGUGCAUGCAGGGUCGAUUCCAUAUGUAUGAGGGACACUCGCUAAGCAAGGUCACUUUCCCGGUAAGAGUUUUCAAGCUUCUGGGUGUCGACACCUUGAUUGUCACUAAUGCUGCGGGGUCAUUAGCGGACAGUUAUAGCUGUGGUGAUAUUAUGAUCAUACGAGAUCAUAUUAACUUCCCUGGACUUGCUGGACUGAACCCUCUCAAUGGCCCUAAUGAUGAUAAGUUUGGCACUCGAUUUCCGCCCAUGUCUGGGGUCUAUGACAAAAGCCUACGGAAGAUGGCAUUCGACAUUUGUAAGAGCAUGGGCGUCUCCCAGUAUGUCCAAGAGGGCGUGUAUUGCAUGGUGGGAGGACCCAACUUUGAGACCAUAGCUGAAGCCCGACUUCUGCACAGACUGGGAGUGGAUGCAGUUGGAAUGAGUACUGCACCAGAAGUGUUGGUCGCCAGUCAUUGUGGCAUGAGAGUCUUUGGUCUCUCCCUCAUCACCAACAAAGUGGUGAAAAGCUAUGAGGACAAUGAGACUGUCAAUCAUGAAGCUGUGCUGGAAGUGAGCAAAAUGCGUUCAGAGACGCUGCAGAUGCUGGUCACAGAGCUCAUCAGCCGCAUGGACAUCAACAACAACACGGCAUAAUGUCAUCAACACUGUAACUGCUCAUCAAAUCUUCAUUCGGAAGAAUCUGCAGCUAUGCUGUCAUCACUCUUUUCAUUGAGUAUAACUACAGAACAUCUGUUUCAAUAACACGUUUUUUUUUUUUUUAUAUUUAAAUGUUAAGAUUUCAUUAUUUGCCUUGAUCAUAAAAAGGAUAGUUUGAUGGUGCCAUAACAACAAACUUAAAAAACUGUGAGAUAUUCAAUAUGUUAUUCAUAAAAUGUAUAAAAAAGAAGAAGAAUUGUGCAGUGAAAGUUGUGUAUGCAUCUGUAUAUUGAUUCAUGACAUUACAUAGCAUUAGGCCCUUUUAUGUGGGAAAUUAAAUGUUUUAUGCACUGCCAUUCAUUAUACAAAUUUAUAUCAUUCCUAAUGUUAAUAUCUCAACGAUAAAGUAUUUAAAAGAAUGUAUUAAAUCAAAUAUUUAAAUCACUCCUAUAUAUUUAUAAUAGUACAUUUUAUAUGAUCUGUUUGUGUUGUAAAUUUGCCAUUGAAUAGACCUGUUCUGUAUAACCUUCUCUUCUAUAUAACAAAUACAUAAUCUUAUCUUAUAAUGCAAGAAUGUCAGCAAUAAAAGUGUAUUUUGAAAAUA